AUGGCAGAUAUGACAUUGCCUGACCCAGCUCCAGCACCAUAUUAUUAUGACUAUGUAGAUGACGAAGGAACACUACAUGCAGAUGAACAAAAGCAAACAUUAUAUUUAGAUUAUUAUAGAUAUAAAAGAUAUAAUGCAAUAGAAAAAACGAGAAUAGUAUAUUAUUAUAUAGAUGACAGAAAUAAAUAUUAUAGUCAAGAUUUUACCCACCCUGAAAACAUAAGAUUAUAUUAUAAAAAAUAUUCUGACACAAACCAGAAGAAACCUGAAAUAGUUGCACUAUAUUUUAAGUUCAAAAGAGACAAUCCUAUAAUAUCUCAUAUGUUUGAUUUAAUGAACCCAGUAGGUUCUAUUUAUACAUCUAUGGAAGCAAGAGGUCCUCAAGUAAUGUUUGGUGUUGGUGCAUGGGAACAAAUAGUCGACAGGUUUUUGUAUUGUGCAAACUCUUCAAAGGAAACAGGAGGUUCGAAGAAAAUUACUGAAGCAAACCUUCCACCGCACACUCAUACAGGAACUACAAACUUUUCUGGCGACCAUAGUCACUCAUUAAGAGACCAUCCAUUAUACAACUCAGAAUAUUAUGCUGGCAAUGACGUUUUAUCUCCAGAUUAUAACCAUUCAGCAAAAAAGACUUUUCGACCAACUGAACCAGGAGGAAAUCAUACACAUACUUUCACAACAAAUCCAACAGGCUUGGGUAAAGACUACAUGCCACCUUACAUGACAGUUUACGCAUGGUAUAGAAUUGCUUAG